AUGUUACAAACCUAUGCAAUGGUCGUGAACAGAAACAAGAAUAGAACCAAACUCAGUACAAGUUCUGUUGAAAAAAAUAUAAACGUUGUAAACACAGUUAAAAAUCCAUCAAAUGAGAACAUCAACAAAAUGGAACAAUCAAAAAAACCUGCAAAGAGGAUUAUCGGCACCAAAAUUAUGGAACAUGUAAAAUUACAACCUGAUAAAAUAAUCAUGAAAAAAAAAGUUUUUUGCCUAAGCAAUGUAAAGAAAUGCCACAGAGAUGAUGUUGUGGAGUUCUUGCAGACAAGUGGUAUAAACGUGAUUACAUGUUUCCCAGUUAUAAAGCGAACUGACGAAACUGACCCCAAAGCAAUUAACAACGACGAACAUUCAACCAUGUUCAGAGUUUGCGUUGAAAAGAAAGAUGAAGGUAAAAUGAAAGACCCGGAAGUAAUGCUGCAGCAUAUCAUCGUGAGAGAAUGGAAAUUCAAUGAAAAAAAGUUAGAUUUUAAAAAUGGCUAA